AUGACAGCCACCAAACAGAUCGCGUGCGCGCUUCAACAGAACCAGAUCGAAUCCAUACCCAUACCCAUCGCUAGACAAAGCUACAGCUACAGCCACAGCCACAGAAUGCACACGAAGAAGCCGCUGCCAAGCAUGUUACAGCACCUCCUGCCGCUGCCGCUGCCGCUGCUGGUGGUGUUCGGCUGUGCCUCGGUGGCCGCCUUCGGCAACGAGUAUGUCCACAUCAAGGUGCAUGUGCCCAAGGAGCAGGGCGGUGAGCCGGAGGUGGCCAAAGUGAUCCAUCACUACCAUCACCAUCCGCAUCCGCAUCCGCAUCAGCUGCAGCGCCUGCAGCGCGGUCGCCUGGCACCGCCCAAGCCGAAGCAUCCCAGUCCCCUGCUGGAGAGCGUCAUACUCUCCGAUCUGGAUAAGCCGCUGCACAUGAGCGAGCACGCGGACUACCUGAAUCAUGCCAAGGAGCUGGCCGCCCAUCUCACGGAGUCGUUCAACAAGAAGCAGCCGCCGCCACCACCACCGCCACUGCCCCCCAAGAAGAAGGUGAACACCUACACGAUCAUCGAGGAGCAGCACAGCUCCAGGCCAGUUCCAGCUGCAGCUGCAGCUGCCGGGCACAGUGGCUACGACUACGAGGAUCAUCCGGAGCACAGUGUGGAGACGUACCGCGUGAUUGAGUCCCGCCCGCCCCAGCCGAACCACCAUCAACACUACCACAAGCAACACCACGCCCAUCACGAGGAGGAGGAGGACGAGGAUCUGGAUGUGGAUGUGGGCUACCACUACCCAUCCGCAUCCGCAUCCCAGCGAUCCCAUCCGCAUGCGCAUGCGCAUCACUCGCAUCGUAUUGGCGGCGGGCCCUAUGCAGAGCCCGCGCCCGUCGAGGAGCACAUUGAGCAGGAGGUGGAGCCAGGCUACAGCUACUCUGCGCCCUACACCCAUGCUGGACGCGGCGCCAAGUCCGGCCGGGCACCGGCACCGGCACCGGCACCGGCCUACACCCUGGAGGCACCCGAGGAGUCGUCCGCCGCCUACGGCUAUGACUACUCCAGGCCGAGCAGCAGUGGUGGCAGCAGCACGGGCUUCCGACCAUCACCACAACUGAGCAGCGGCGGCAGCGUCGAUGGCUACGAGGAUGAGCCGGCGGACACCUAUGGGGCGCCAGCGCCAGCGCCAGCACCAACGCGUCUUCGUCGACCGGCACUGGUGGAUUGGCCCGAGGCCACGGGAUUCAAUAGUGCCGCCCCCGAGACGUACAACGGUGUCGACAGCUACAACGUAGGUCAUGUCCAGGGCUACGGCAGCGGGGGCUAUCAGUACAGUGGGCCCUAUCUGUAGCGCCCAGCCCCCCCUUAAUUAUAGACAUAUUUAUUGGCCCCUUUUUUUUUUUGAUAGUUGAUAAGAGUUCCCGAGCAGACAAAUAUACAUAUGG